AUGUCUCCCAGAGAACAUGUGCGCCUCCCUUUCCUCGGCAACGACAGGACCUUCAUUGUCCUCGCCCGAGAAGCCCGCCCAGAAGCAGAGGCACCCGGCGUCGUCGUCGUCGUUCAUGACGGACAUGAUGACGACGACAACGACGACGACGAUUAUCGAGCGCACGUCCUCGACGCCGAGGACGCUGCGCAGUUUGACGAGCUCGGCGGUGCAUCUCCCGUUCCCGAGGGAGACGACGUGGUUGACAACAGCUUCUUCGGUAACAACAACGAAGCUGGUAGUAACAUCACCUCCGUCUUAUUGCUUGAUAAGACGGAGAUGGUAUUGCAGCUGCUGCCGGAGUUGUCGGACGGGUCAUCUUCUGCCGGGGACUCGGAUGAUGCUGAUGAUGAUGAUGAUGAGGGGAGGAGAAGUCUUGGGUAUCUGAGCGGUGAUGAAGCUGAAGCCGAAGAUGACGAGUCUGGGGUAGACGAGGACUCCGACGAGGAGGAGGAACAAGGCUAUGUCGUCCUCUACACCGCAACCGAGGCCAUGGCCGCAGACAUUGAUCCCCCCGACUGGAUGGACCCGGCCAACGAUUACCUCUUGGAGGCAUACGCUUUUCCUCCUCUUCAAAGGCAGAGUCGGCGUUAUUCUACCUUCUGGGCCAUAUCAGAAAAGUCGGGUUUGGGCGGAGAUAUCACACAACAAGAUGGGCUCUCACUAAGAAUUGAAAAUCCCAUGAGGUAUCUUGAAGCCAAAAAGCCCCUGGAUGGGUGCCGUCAGCACCGCUCCCAACAUCUCAGCGCUGCUUCUCGCCUCGCUACUCAAUGCAAGCUCAAACUGGAGAUUAAAACAGCUAUUGUUCUCUAUCAUCAAGAUAAGAACACGUGCUGA